AAUCAAUUUAAAAGCAAUAAAUAUGUAAUAUAAUAUUCAAAUAUUCAAAAAAUAUUGCUGUCAUUUCACAUUUCACGAAAACAAAUAUUGACAAUUCAAUGCAUACCUAAAAUUAAAGAGUCAGAUUACAACGUUAGGCGACAGAUUGUAAAAGGCGGAAGUAGAAGUUUUGAAGUACACUAGAAAAUUCACUUGCGCUCGGCUGGUAUUAAGGCAAAGCGCAAGCCUAAGAGAUAACAAUUUACGACACGAUGAACAACGAAAGGGGACAAGACUCGAUUCAUUCUGGACCGGUAAAGCUUUUUGAGAAACGAAAAUCACGCCAUUUGUGGACAGAACGUUGGGCCGUCCUCGGAUCGGGCUCGCUGCGUUUAUUUGCAAACCAUGAAUCGUUUUUGAAGGCCUCAGAGGAGCCGAAAUUAAUCCAGCUUACUGCUGACACUUUUUGUCAAAGCAUGCCCAAAAGUGGUCAAAAUUUUCAGCUCAAACUUUGCAACGGCGACACGUUUAUGUUUCAAUGUAAAUCAGAACCGAGCAGACAAGAAUGGCUGAGCAAAUUGGGGGUGGUUUUAUCUGGUUUUUGUCGAAAGAAUUGCUUUCAUUGUAGCGACGAACACGCACACAUUAGCAUAAAAUCGGAGAGUGAAUGUACAGAUACGUCAAGUCAGAGUUCAACAGACGGAUUAUACAGCCAACCAGGCGAAAUUAUUCAAAGCACAUUUAAAUCUACAUGUACAAAUAAUUCAAGGCAUUCGACAGGAUGUGAAGAUCAAAUUACAUUGAACUCCCCUCUGAAAAUUUACGACACGGAACAAAACAUUCUCUCGUCAUUUAGUAAAACCGAAAAGGCAAGAGCGGAAAGUCAAACAGAUGCUCUUACAGUGAAUGUGGAUCGGUUCCAGCGUUCACAAAGCGCCGUCCAACUUGGACAAGCGAUGAAAAACGAAAAAUCUCCUAAGAGUAAGAAUAGUUUUGGCUAUUCGUUAAUUGAAGGCGAUGAUACCGACAGCGUGACAACUUCCACGAGCUCAUUGAAGCUUUUCGAUAGUGAGCAUAAACGUUUUUCGACAUUUUCUAAACGGUCUAGUUUAAAACGUCCCAUGAGCGACUUUGUGAAUCCUAAUUUUGUACUAGAGGAUGAGAAUUUGACGACAGAGCUUCCUGAAAUCCCAAACAGAAUUUCAAAAGUUUACGGUGAGUUUUUGUACUAUUUGUUUUUCCGCGUUUUUAUCGUUGCGAUUUAAGUAGUAUAUCAAAUCAAACUACGCGCAAAUGCGCAGUUACUAUACUCUAUAGUUAGUUCAUUGCAGCUGAACUAAUCCGGCAAGGACUGGAUAUAUCCCGUAAUGUCCGAAUUGUCUGAUUAAGACUGACAUCGAUGCAUGAUGACCCGUUGAAAUGAUGGCUUCUGCAGCUGGCACAGUAAACAGUAAAUUAUAAUACGCGAUGCUGUGAAUCGCAAAAUCAGGGAAUAUCGGUAGGUUGUUUGCCAUUUGCCUCAAUUGCUAGUUGCGGAACAAACGGUUUGUAGAAAUAUCUUAUAGUGUAUGUUUGCCUGGUGAAGUUACUGCGGCCUAUUCUGCAUUUUCGUUUGUUCCCAGUGGCUGUAGUGCGGGAUUCUUGUAUAGAGUUAAAUAACAAAUGCCGUAAAAACUAACUUCUGUACAAAUACUGAAAAAGCAGAGUAAGUGGUAACUGAAAUCAAGGGGGCAAGUUGCAAACGACCUACUUUUUCUCAAAUUUUGUAAUUAAUAACGUCGCGUUCUAUAAUUCACUUUAGCUUUUAAUACAGUCAGUUUGAAGCCGUAUUUCAACAUGAUAUGCAAAUUACAAAAGAACUUCAAAGAAGCAGAAUAAAUCAUAUCUGUGAUUUCUGGUCAUGUUAUAAAGAACGCUAUGAAGACGCUAUGAACGUUAUAACACCAUAAUUUCUAAUAAUUAUAUUAUGUUUUUAACGCGAUAUUUAUGCUAGCAAAAUCACAAAAAUCGUAAUUUAUGCAAAUAAGUUAUUAAUGCAAUUUAUGUUAAUUAGCAAUAACUACAAUUUAUGUUAUUAGGCAGCGAUAAUUGCAAUUUAUGUCAACUAUUUAUUUAUUUAGCUUUUCCAAUUAGGGCAGGGUCACCCCAACAGCAUAUGCCAAUUACUGUGGGCCCUUUUACCUAACCCACCCUGUCAACUUUCCCUGUGGGAGGAAACCGGAGUACCCGGAGAAAACCCACGAUUUUUGGCAGAGCAUUGACUUUUUACUCUUUUCACAUGAGGGAUAGGUUCGAGACGCAUUGAGGAAGUUCUCACAGAGACUUGAACCUGCGACCUCAGGGGUGAAAUACUACUUAGCAAUAAUUGAAAUUUAUGUGAAUUUGCAAUAGCUGCAAUUUAUGUUAAUUACCAAUAACUGCGAUUUAUGCUGAUUAGCAAUAAUGGCAAUCUAUGUUAAUUUGCAAUGAUUGCAAUUUAUGUUAAUUAGUUAAUCCUCAAUAUUUAUAGAUGCGCCACUUAACUACGACGUACCAGCGCUCUCAAAAAACGAUCCCAGACCGGCCAGACGGGGCUCUCUCAAAGUUUUAACGGGCAAAAACAACUGGAAAAAAUAUCAAGCAGUUAUCGAGGAAAACGUUUUGGUUUUAUCAGACCUCGAUAGUAGUUCCCCUCAAGAAAAUUGUACUAGUAUAGAACUCAAACCUAACAUUAAAUUCACCCUAUUACCAAGACGGAAUCAUGAUUACAGGUUUAAAAUGACAAGCGGGACUUCAGAGUACUUUUUUAAAACUUCGAAUGUGUUACAACGCGAUUCCUGGAUUAAAGCUCUGACAGAAGCAACCAGUACCGUUUGCCAGAUGGCGUGUCCGCGAUGUUGUACGGAGGCUUGCCGGGAUGUCUCGAAUUUCGCCGAGAGUGAGGCGAACCAAUCGGAUACGAGCGUGGUGGCGGCUACUGACCAAUGGGAGGAAGGCCCCGAUGACGUGUUUUAUGUCGGAAUGACCAAUCCUGAUGAAGGGAUUACAUUUGUAAAUUCGUCCAGUCAGGAAAGCGCAAAUGUCCUUUACAGUGCUUGUGAAGAAACAGAUAUGGGUAAGCUGGGUUGGUGCAUGUGACUUUGAAAGUCCUGAAAUUGGGGAAGAGGGGAGGGGGUCUUAAUCCCACUUGCGGUUGCCAUAGAGUAUUUUAGUAAAACACAAAACAAUAGACACUCCGAAAAUUGUAAACAUUUUAAUUCUUCACGUUUCGACUAUAAUUUAAGUCAUCUUCAGAAGAAUGCCUUAAAGAAUGCCUUUUCAUUCUUCGGAAGAUGACUUAAAUUAUAGUCGAAAUUUAAAGAAUUAAAAUGUUUACAAUAUUCGGAGUGUCUAUUGCUUUGUGUUUUAUUAAUCCCACUUGCCAGCCCAUUUUUUCACUAAAUCCAUUUUCCCAGCUAUUUGUAAAUCUCAGUCUCAAAGUUCAUCCAGAGCAAAUAGUUCAUCUGUGUGUUGACCUGAAAACAAUUCUGCGUUCAUGUUGAUGUCUGUUAUGCCCGUACGAUCGAUAGUCAAAACUCAACAAAUAUACGCCAAUUUUCCACUAUUAUUUUCCACUUUAUAUCGUAUAUUACUAUUUCCACCAAUAUAAACAGCAGGUUUUCUGCAAGUUAAACUAAAAUUAAUAUACAAAUACAUUAAAAUUGUCAACAAUAAGUGUUCGAAAACUUACCGACUGUAUCGGUCGUUCAAUAAAGCAAGUUUGUACUAACAAAAUCCUCAAUAUAUGUUCUAUAAAUACUCAAAAUGUUUACUUCUCGUGUUCAAAAUUCAAUAUGGCCGUCCAAACCCGAAAUGUUUUAUGGGGCGGCUUUCCCACUGAACUCUAUAUAUACACUGAUUGGUAGCUACACCGGCCCCUAAAUGGACGAGUUUGUCCAUUUAAUCUAAUUAGUGCUACCAAUCCUACAAAGUGACAAACAACAACUUGUCAGUAGUUCUUAAUAUAUCAACAUCAAAGUCUCUUCAACAAUGUUAUUCCAGUUCCAACCGACAUAACUUGUGUAUUGGACGAGUAAGGAUUGUGCUCGUUGUUUUCAAUUCACCACGACGUUGCCGCUUCGCCCGUGUAACAACAGUCGAACUUGUUUUUACAUUAACUGUCCGUACCAAUCCGUCAUCACUCGCGAAGAUUUCCACCACUCUGCCAACAGGCCAUUGUCCUCUAGGAUAAUUUCCAUCCAUAAUCAGCACUAGAUCAUCAACUUUCCAGUUUGGUUGCUUGUUAUUCCACUUCUGGCGCUCUUGUAGAGAAGGAAGAUAUUCCUUCAACCACCUCUUCCAGAACACAUUCACCAUAUAUUGGACUUGUCUCCAACGGCGCUGAGUGUGUAGAUCUGAAUCAUCAAAAAUUCCAGGUGGUAGAGUGGGACAUGGUCUCAAUUUUAGUAGAUGAUUGGGUGUUAUGGGUUGUUCGUUGCUUGGAUCAUCACUGUUGCGCGUCAGUGGACGGCUGUUCAGAAUAUUCGUCGCUUCUGACAUAACUGUCGCCAAAACUUCAUCACAUACCACUUGUUCUUUCAUUAAAGCUCGCAAGACUUGGCGUGUUGAUCUAAUCAUCCGUUCCCAAACUCCACCAAAGUGACUUGCGUCUGGUGGAUUGAAUAGCCACUGAAUACCCUUUUGGUUACAAAAGUUCUCGAUUUUCUCUUGGUUCCAUUUCUGUAUUGCAGCUGUCAACUCCUUGUCGGCACCUUUAAAAUUUGUUCCACGGUCACUUCGAAUUAUCUCUGGGCACCCACGUAGGCAGAUAAACCUUCUCAAGGCAUUGAUCAUUGAAUCAGUGUCUAACGAAUGGGCUAUCUCGAUGUGGACAGCCCUCACCGACAAGCAAGUAAAUAUGCAACCAUACCGUUUUACUUUGCUUCUUCGUUGCUUCACCUCCAAAGGUCCAAAAUAGUCCACUCCUGUUGCGGUAAAUGGUGGUUUGUAUGGGGUCACUCUCUCUUCAGGGAGAUCUGCCAUUAGUUGCUUUCCAGGCUUAUUCUUUGCUUUCUGGCAUUCCAAACAGCGAGAGAUAACUUGUCGCACUGCCGAUCUUCCUUUCACAAUCCAAUAAUGCUCUCUCAAAGCCGAAAGUACCGAUUCUUGACCCAUAUGUCCGACUUCAAUAUGAACCUGCUCGAUAACCAAGUCAGUCACUCGAUGCGUAUACGGCAAAAUUAUUGGAUGCUUCGCUUCGUCAUCCACUCCUGCGUGCUUCAGUCGCCCACCAACAACCAGCGUGCCAUCUUUUAACUCGGGAUUUAAUUUCUGUAGUGAGCUAUCUUUGAGCGUUUUCUUCUGAUUUGUUCCAAUUUUGGCUGGUUGAGAUCCGAGUAUCUUUAUCACCGCAGGGAAUGAUGUCGACUGCACAUAUCGUACAAUGUUUAGCUCUGCAUUUCGAAGCUCUUCGACUGUGAGGUUUGGUACUCUUUCUUCGCCACGCAAGUUAUCGUUCACAUUCUCAACAAUCUUCUCUUUAACUCUUUUCAUCAAAUUCCUUCGGUAACGCAAAAGCCAAGCCACCACUCUCUUCAGCUUCCACCAGCUUGAAUAACGCUUAAUCAACGAUUCCAACGGGCUUUCACUUGCACUCGUUGUGUAAACCAAAUUCGCCUUUCGCAAUGCAGGGUCAUCGUCCUCUAUGACCGUAUGAGAAACUUUCGCUGGCCAACAUGACUUAUCUUUCCACAAAAAGUCGGGCCCAUUCAACCAUCGACCACCGUUUGCUAUCUCUUCCAAUUUGAGUCCUUUCGAUGCAUCAUCUGCUGGGUUAUCUUCACUGCUAACAUAUUGCCAUUCGUCGACCGACGACCCAUUAUGUAUGAUUGUCAACCGAUUUGACUCGAAGGUAUGAAACCUCUUUGAUUCAUUACAGACGCAUUUUAGGACGGACUGCGAAUCAGUCCAAUAUGUCACACUGUUCACUUCGAUGUCUAACUCCUCUUGAAUGAUCUUAUUCAACUUCACGGAAAUGACUGCCGCUGACAAUUCCAGACGAGGUAUAGUUAUCUCUCGUAUCGGCGCUACACGAGCCUUGCCCAAGACGAAACAACAAUGAAUAGUAUCGUCCUGAUCAACCAAACGCAAGUAGGCUACCGCGCCGUACCCAACGCGUGAUCCGUCUGAGAAUAUGUGCAACUCAACUUCCUUUAUCGAGCCAAAGUCCCGAGGUUUAAAACAUCGCUUCACACUAAUCUUCUCUAACUUGUUUAGAUCUUCGAGCCAGCGACUCCACUGGUUCUUCUCAUUCUCUUCAAUAACAGCGUCCCAACCAGCUCCAUUUCGACAUAAUUCCUGCAAUAUCAACUUUGCCUUCAUAAUAUAGGGUGCUAAGAACCCCAAAGGAUCAAACAGUGAACUCACGAUAGAUAAUAUAGUUCUUCUUGUCGCAGGUUUCUGACCAGAUAACAACAACAUCUUUUCCUGCACUUCCCAUACGAAUUCAUCCUUCUCCACAUUCCAUUUGAGACCAAGGGCACUUUCUGUCGGAAGAUCUUCAACAUUCAAACUAACAACCGAGCUGGCCUUCUCAGAUUCUGGGAUUUCUGAUAACACUCGUCGAUCGUUACUGAUCCAUUUUGUCAACCGGAAACCACCACUCUUCAUUAACUCGAUUAACUGUGCCACCAGACGAUUUGCUGUAUGGUUGUCCGAUACAGACUUCAUCAAGUCAUCAACGUACAUAUUUCUUUCUACUGUCUUGACUGUCUCAGGAUCGAACUUUCCUUCACUAGAAGAAGCCAACUUCUUGACGCAGAGAUUGGCACAACUGGGCGAUGAAGUUGCACCAAAGACAUGUUUAACCAUCCUAUAUUCUGUUGGACUUGCUUCCAGGUUUGCACCUUCCCACCAAAGAAACCUUAAGACAUCACAGUCCUUUGGGUCAACUCUUAUCUGGCUAAACAUUCCUUCUAUAUCCGCCACCAAGGCUACUGGCUCCUGUCGAAAUCUAAUCAACACUCCCACCAACGAAUUUGCCAAAUCGGGACCUUGCAACAAUUGGUCAUUAAGGGAGGUACCAUUGUGUUUGGCCGCACAAUCAAAUACUACCCUGACCUUCUCAGGCUUCAUCGGAUGUGUCACAGGAUGGUGUGGCAGGUACCACACCGGUCUAUCCUUUCGUUCUAAUUCUUCUUCUGGGAUCUUUUGUGCAUGUCCCUUUUUGAUAUAAUCUUCUACCGCAGUCUUGUAUUUCUCCAAAAGUUUUGGAUCCUUCAUCAACCGGGCUUUCAAUGAGGCAAGUCUUCUCUCCGCUAUUUCUUUGUUGUUUGGCAAAACUGGAUUUCCUUUGCGCCAAGGCAAUGCUACUUGGUAGUGUCCUUCUACCAUCUCAAUUGAGUUUUCCAUUACUUCGAGUGCUCUUCGAUCUUCUAUGGACGGGUUUACGCUUAUAUCAACACCUGUAUCAGCAAAGUCGGUAUUCCACAUUCUCUCCAGUCUACGAGAUAAUAGCGCAUCAUUCGAUAAAUCUUCAGCAAACUCCUGACUGUUAUCAUCAUCCAUGCACACACAGCUUACUCCGUUUUCUUGCUCAGCAGCAUAAAUAGGUACAUACAUAGGAGUACCCAUGUGAAUCAAAUUCACCCCACAGCUAGGGUCCACCUUCUUUCCUCCAACUGGACCGAUCACUGUCCAUCCAAGGCUAUACUUAAUUGCUACAGGCUCUGUCUCUUCACCCAUCUUAUAUUCCAAAGGCAGGAACAAACUAGGUCUUUCUUUCACACCAAUUAGCAGCAUCACUUCUCCCUUUUCUAAUUCUGGAAUAUCUAUCCCAUCUAGGUGAGACCAUCUUGAUAAAUCAUCACGCUUUGGUAUACAACUUGGGAAGAUUGGCAUCCCCUUUACCGUUUUCACAUUGGGCAAUUCAAUCACAGUACUUUCGUCCAUUGAUUUCACUUUUAAACUCACCAUUGUUUCUUCCACCUGGGUGCUUCCAGUCAUACUAGUCAACGUAUACUCUAUCUUCUUGCCAACAAGACCAAGUUUCUUUGCAAGCUGCUCAUGACAUAAUGUCACUUCAGAUCCAUUAUCCACUUCAGAUAAAUUAUCCAACAGGUGCAUUUUCGUCAAAUGCUACACACGAAUUUUCAAGCUUAUCAUUAACCAGUGGGUCUGGUACCCUCAAUUGUUGUUUAGCAACUGACACACCCAUUGGUACAUUCAAGUCACAACUGUUUGAGUCUUGCUCCAUAACAAUUUGGUAGGACACUGUUGCCUGUUUCGCUUCCAUCUCUGCAACAUAUAGAUCUCUUUUCCUUUUCAACUCCUGUUCUUCUCUCUCAUACUCCUGUAAAACUUUCACUUCUUGUAACUUCAACUGAGCUAGAGCCAUUUUUUCCUUUCUUUUAGACUGUCUCGAUAAUUUUGUACUAGCACUACUUCCACAACUACUCCCACUCUUCGAUGAUUUAUGAGAUUUCUUACUCUCUAUCUCAUCUAAAUGUUCAGCUUCCUUUGAUUUACGCCACUCUUUUAACUUGGCAUCCAACUCUAAUUUCCUGUUUUGUUGCUGUCCGUAUUCAGCACAAGCCAUCCUUUUCUCACUCUCACUGUUCAACACUUGAAUUAAACGUUCAUGUACACCAACAAAUUCUUUCCAUGCAAUAGUAUGUUUAUCCAUUAUCAAUACAGCAUUUCUCCAACUAGUAUUCACACAUUUACCCAUUAGCAAACAACACACUUCACUAGCCAACUGUGAUAACUUAUUAGUAGAAAUAUCUCGCACCUUGUAUAGUUCAGAAAUUUCCUCUUCCAUAUUUGUUCCAUGCUCUGGCGAUAAAACAUUUAGUUCCUGAAUUUCUCCACCAGAUAUUUGUUCUACACCUUGACUCACACGAUUUUCAUUAUUUUCCAGUUGCUUCGUUUCCUCAGCAGAUAUAGUUCCAGAUGAUUUUGACAUAUUUAUAUCUCACGCACACAUAUAUUCGCACUAAUAUUUACCAAAUAUUUCCACAAAAUUCCAAAAAUAUACGAUCAAACCAACAAUAAACUUCGUAUUACCCUUCGAUUUAGUCGAAAACUGUUAUGCCCGUACGAUCGAUAGUCAAAACUCAACAAAUAUACGCCAAUUUUCCACUAUUAUUUUCCACUUUAUAUCGUAUAUUACUAUUUCCACCAAUAUAAACAGCAGGUUUUCUGCAAGUUAAACUAAAAUUAAUAUACAAAUACAUUAAAAUUGUCAACAAUAAGUGUUCGAAAACUUACCGACUGUAUCGGUCGUUCAAUAAAGCAAGUUUCUACUAACAAAAUCCUCAAUAUAUGUUCUAUAAAUACUCAAAAUGUUUACUUCUCGUGUUCAAAAUUCAAUAUGGCCGUCCAAACCCGAAAUGUUUUAUGGGGCGGCUUUCCCACUGAACUCUAUAUAUACACUGAUUGGUAGCUACAAUGUCUUUAGAACUAGUUUUGCCAAGGGCUCAUCAAGUUGGAAAAGGCAGAAUCUGUCUCCCCGGACUUUUCUGAACAAAUUCUCAAUCCGCAAUCAGUUCAUUUAAUUUCACGUGCACCCCUUCUUUGCUUCGUGGCUUUUGUUAAAGUUAUCUCUAACCAUGUCUUUAGAAUCGUAUAUAGUUUUCCCAUAUAGCAGUAAUGGCAUUAUUACAAUAUGAGAACUGGACUAGAUUUCAAGUCCGCGCAAUUUGAUCAAAGUGCGAGGACUUGAAAUCUAGUCCAGUUGGAAUUGGAGGAUCUCAUAAUAGAUUACUCAUAUGAAUACAUCUCAUACGAAAAAUUACUACUUAGGGUGAGGUGAAUGAAUUUUGAUCCAGUUUAAGGACUGCACGAAUCAAUAUACUUCACCUGUUAUCCAGUGUUAUCAUGUGAGCAAAAUGAAGCAAUAUGGUUGGCUAAUUUACUCAUGAAUUAUUAAUCUCAAAGUUCACAUCAUAGUAUGACAAAUUUGUAAUUUGACCAUUUUUGUGUAGUUAUUCUCUUUUACGCUAUUAUGUUAAAAGCUGGAAUAGAAAAUCUUGUGCUCAACAAGGAUAUUUUAAUUAAUUUCUAAAGGUCUGCUUUUUUUAAUAAUGCCCCCUGUCAAUAUCUUACGCAUCCGUUGGUUCUGCAUAGUGCUCAUGCAUUCAAAUAACUAAUUAUAACAAUAGGAUAAUUGGUCUCCUUUUUUUUACACACCCUGUAGUUAUAAAAAAAGUCUCGCUAGUGUUGCUUGUUUACUUAAUGCUACAUAGUUUGUCUUAACGGACUUUCGAAACAAUCCAAGAUACAUUGUUUGUUUCAAUAUAGUACAGUGUGUAUAAGAAAAGGUAAUCGAACUUCAGUGCGCUAUUGUAUCUGAAUUACUCUGCGUAGGACCAAGAAUUUUUCAUAUUCGGAAAGUUCAGGCAUUUAGCUGUUGAAUGAUAUGUUCUUCAUGCCAAAUGGAUAACAAAAUGAGCAAAUACGAAUCCGAUAAAAAUUUUGAGGCAGAGUCGCAUAUUUUCACCAUUGAAAGUUGGGUAAAACCGGCAUUGAACUUAACCCUUUUGGUAUACUUAAGUUGAUGAAUUUCACUUCAAUAAACUACGCACAUAUUCAUAAUUAUUAUUAAGUAGGAAUAGAUCUUAGCUAGGCUAUGACAAGCUCGUGCUUUUUCUUUUGUUGUGCACUAGGUGAAAAUAUGCGAUUCUGGCUAACAUGUUUUAUCGGACUCGUACUUGCUUAUUUUUUUUCCAGUUGGCAGGGAAAACAUGUCAUUCAAUAGCUAAAAGCCUGUUUUUUUCCGAAUAUAAACAAAGUUUGUUCAUACGCCGAUUAAUUCACGUACAAUAGCGCGCUGAAGUGUUCGUCUGUAAUGUUAUAAAUCCUGACAAUCUGACUCUUAACUAUUGUUCUAUAUCUCUGUCUCUCAGGGCCUGGUCAAAGCGAAGGCCAAAAACCGUCAUCUUUUCGCAGUGGCUAUUUGAAAACGAAUGCCAUUGACAAAAACUGGGAACAGUACUGGGCCACCAUCACAGGAAAACAGCUGGUACUCCAUUCGAGUGAAGAAAAUCUAAAUUCACUCAAAACUAUCGAGUUAUCACAGAACGUUCAAUGUAAGACGGCCAAGCGAAGCUCGUACGACUUUCGGUUCACCUUGGUGGCGAGCGCAGUCGAGUGUUACGAAUUCAAGUGCGCUUCUGCUCACGACAGACGAGAGUGGAUGACGUCAUUAGAAAGAGUUGCCUAUGGAGCUGGGCAAGAGCUCAACGCUGGGUCCAAAAUUUCCGAAAUUGUCACGAAGAUAAGAGAAAACGAGAGUAAAUUGGAGAAAAUACAGCAACAACAACAACAGGAAAGGAAGCGACAACAACAACAACAACAACAACAACAACAACAACAACAACAACAACAACAACAACAACAACAACAACAACAACAACAACAACAACAACAACAACAACAACAACAACAACAACAACAACAACAACAACAACAACAACAACAACAACAACAACAACAACAACAAUAA